GGCCGUGCGGGGUCCCGGCGUCGGCGGCGCGCGCGCUCCCUCCUCUCGGAGAGAGGGCUGUGGUAAAAGCCGUCCGGAAAAUGGCCGCCGCCGCCGCCGCGCCGAGCGGAGGAGGAGGAGGAGGCGAGGAGGAGAGACUGCUCCAUAAAAAUACAGACUCACCAGUUCCUGCUUUGAUGUGACAUGUGACUCCCCAGAAUACACCUUGCUUCUGUAGACCAGCUCCAACAGGAUUCCAUGGUAGCUGGGAUGUUAGGGCUCAGGGAAGAAAAGUCAGAAGACCAGGAUCUCCAGGGCCUCAAGGACAAGCCCCUCAAGUUCAAAAAGGUGAAGAAAGAUAAGAAAGAAGACAAAGAGGGCAAGCAUGAGCCCGUGCAGCCAUCAGCGCACCACUCUGCCGAGCCCGCAGAGGCAGGCAAAGCGGAGACGUCAGAAGGGUCAGGCUCCGCCCCAGCCGUGCCAGAAGCUUCUGCCUCCCCCAAACAGCGGCGCUCCAUCAUCCGUGACCGGGGACCCAUGUAUGAUGACCCCACCCUACCUGAAGGCUGGACACGGAAGCUUAAGCAAAGGAAAUCUGGCCGCUCUGCUGGGAAGUAUGAUGUGUAUUUGAUUAAUCCCCAGGGAAAAGCCUUUCGCUCUAAAGUGGAAUUGAUUGCAUACUUCGAAAAGGUAGGCGACACAUCCCUGGACCCUAAUGAUUUUGACUUCACGGUAACUGGGAGAGGGAGCCCCUCCCGGCGAGAGCAGAAACCACCUAAGAAGCCCAAAUCUCCCAAAGCUCCAGGAACUGGCAGAGGCCGGGGACGCCCCAAAGGGAGCGGCACAACGAGACCCAAGGCGGCCACGUCAGAGGGUGUGCAGGUGAAAAGGGUCCUGGAGAAAAGCCCUGGGAAGCUCCUCGUCAAGAUGCCUUUCCAAACUUCGCCAGGGGGCAAGGCUGAGGGGGGUGGGGCCACCACAUCCACCCAGGUUAUGGUGAUCAAACGCCCUGGCAGGAAGCGAAAAGCCGAGGCCGACCCUCAGGCCAUUCCCAAGAAACGGGGCCGAAAGCCAGGGAGUGUGGUGGCAGCCGCUGCUGCCGAGGCCAAAAAGAAAGCCGUGAAGGAGUCUUCUAUCCGAUCUGUGCAGGAGACCGUACUCCCCAUCAAGAAGCGCAAGACCCGGGAGACGGUCAGCAUCGAGGUCAAGGAAGUGGUGAAGCCCCUGCUGGUGUCCACCCUCGGUGAGAAGAGUGGGAAGGGACUGAAGACCUGUAAGAGCCCAGGGCGGAAAAGCAAGGAGAGCAGCCCCAAGGGGCGCAGCAGCAGCGCCUCCUCGCCCCCCAAGAAGGAGCACCACCACCAUCACCACCACUCAGAGUCCCCAAAGGCCCCCGUGCCACUGCUCCCACCCCUGCCCCCACCCCCACCUGAGCCCGAGAGCUCCGAGGACCCCACCAGCCCCCCUGAGCCCCAGGACUUGAGCAGCAGCGUCUGCAAAGAGGAGAAGAUGCCCAGAGGAGGCUCGCUGGAGAGCGACGGCUGCCCCAAGGAGCCAGCUAAGACUCAGCCCGCGGUCGCUACCGCCGCCACGGCCGCAGAAAAGUACAAACACCGAGGGGAGGGAGAGCGCAAAGACAUUGUUUCAUCCUCCAUGCCAAGGCCAAACAGAGAGGAGCCUGUGGACAGCCGGACGCCCGUGACCGAGAGAGUUAGCUGACUUUACGCAGAGCGGAUUGCAAAGCAAACCAACAAGAAUAAAGGCAGCUGUUGUCUCUUCUCCUUAUGGGUAGGGCUCUGACAAAGCUUCCCGAUUAACUGAAAUAAAAAAUAUUUUUUUUUCUUUCAGUAAACUUAGAGUUUCGUGGCUUCAGGGUGGGAGUAGUUGGAGCAUUGGGGAUGUUUUUCUUACCGACAAGCACAGUCAGGUUGAAGACCUAACCAGGGCCGGAAGUAGCUUUGCACUUUUCUAAACUAGGCUCCUUCAACAAGGCUUGCUGCAGAUACUACUGACCAGACAAGCUGUUGACCAGGCACCUCCCUUCCUGCCCAAACCUUUCCCCCAUGUGGUCGUUAGAGACAGUUGAGAGGACACUCCCUUUUUCGGUGCCAUCAGUGCUCUGUCUACAGCUCCCCCAGCUCCCCCCACCUCCCCCACUCCCAACCAUGUUGGGACAGGGAGGUGUGAGGCAGGAGAGACAGUUGGCUUGUUUAGAGAAGAUGGCUAUGAUCACUGGCUAUGGCCCAUGCGAUCCCACCUGUGGUGGCUCAAGUCUGGCCCCACACCAGCCCCAAUCCAAAACUGGCAAGGACACUUCACAGGAAAGGAAAGUGGUACCUGUCUGCUCCAGCUCUGGCAUGGCUAGGAGGGAGUCAUCCCUUGAACUACUAGGUGUAGACUAGCCUAAACCACAGGAGAGGAUGGCCCAGGGUGAGGUGGCAUCGUCCAUUCUCAAGGGACGUCCUCCAGUGGGUAGCGCUAGAGAGGCCAUGGAGGCAGUAGGACAAGGUGCGGGCAGGCUGGCCCGGGUCGGGCCAGGCCGAGCACAGCGGGCUGAGAGAGAUUCCUAAUCUCUCAGAGCAGUCUGUGACUCGUAGUUAGGGACUUAGUGGACAGGGGAGGGGCAAGGAGUGAGGAGAAGAAAAUGUUUCAGUUACUUUCCAAUUCUACCCCUUUAGGGACAGCUUAGAAUUAUUUGCACUAUUGAAUCUUCAUGUUCCCACUUCAAAACAAACAGAUGCUCUGAGAGCAAACUGGCUUGAAUUGGUGACAUUUGGUCCCUCAAGCCACCAGAUGUGACGGUGUUGAGAACUACCUGGAUUUGUAUAUAUACCUGCGCUUGUUUUAAAGUGGGCUCAGCACAUAGGGUUCCCACGAAGCUCCGAAACUCUAAGUGUUUGCUGCAAUUUUAUAAGGACUUCCUGAUUGGUUUCUCUUCUCCCCUUCCAUUUCUGCCUUUUGUUCAUUUCAUCCUUUCACUUCUUUCCCUUCCUCCUCCUAGUUCAUUCCUUCUGUUCCAGGCAGCCGUGGUGCCCAACCACACUUGUCGGCUCCAGUCCCUAGAACUCUGCCUGCCCUUUGUCUUCCUGCUGCCAGUACCAGCCCCACCCUGUUUUGAGCCCUAAGGAGGCCUUGGGCUCCACCGAGUCCAACCUGGCCUGUCUAUGAAGAGCAAGAGAGCAGCAAGGUGUUGCUCUCCUAGGUAGCCCCCACUUCCCUGGUAAGAAAAAGCAAAAGGCAUUUCCCACCCUGAACAAUGAGCCUUUUCAUCCUUCUACUCUAGAUAAGUGGACUGGAGGAGCUGGGCCGGAUUUGGUAGCUGAGGAAAGUGCAGAGGCCCCCUAUGGCCUACCAGUCAUCGAGUAGCCCAACAAGGGCUCCAUGCCACCCGACCUUGACCUCACUCAGAAGUCCAGAGUCUAGUGUAGUAUACAGCGCAGCAGCAGCGGUGCUGAUGCAGAACUUUCGAUACCAGAGCUGGAACCAGCACCUAGGUCCCCGUCCCUUCUCUGCUCCCCUUUUCCCUUGGAGUUCUUUUCUAAUGGAAGUGUUUUGCUUUUGCUUAAUGCAGUGGGGCCGGAACAGCACACAUUUCACUCUGGUCCAUAGGCGUGGUGCAGGGUUUAGAGGCGUGGGCUUGCUGUGGGUUUUUAAUUGACUAGUUUUCAUUUGGGAUCCCAUCUUUUUAACCUCUGUUCAGGAAGUCCUUAUCUAGCUGCAUAUCUUCAUCAUAUUGGUAUAUCCUUUUCUGUGUUUACAGAGAUGUCUCUCAUAUCUAAAUCUGUCCAACUGAGAAGUACCUUAUCAAAGCAGCAAAUGAGACAGAAACACCCACGGGCAUGUCCCAUGUGAGCUGCUGCCAUGAACUGUCAAGUGCGUGUUGUCUUGUGUAUUUCAGUUACUGUCCCCUGGCUUCCUUACUGCGGUGUAAUCAUGAAGGAGUGAAACACCAUAGAAACUGUCUAGCACUUCCUUGCCAGUCUGUAGUGAUCAGGAACCAUAGUUGACAGUUCCAAUCAGUAGCUUAAGAAAAAAAAUGUGUUUGUCCCUUCUGGAAUGGCUAGAAGUGAGGGAGUUUGCCCCAUUCUGUUUGUAGAGUCUCAAAGUUGGACUUUUGAGCAUUUAUGUAUCCAUUUCCUUAUGCUGUAAAACAAGUCCUGCAACCAAACUCCCAUCAGCCCAAUCCCUGAUCCCUGAUCCCUUCCACCUGCUCUGCUGCCCACUCCCCCACACAGCUUCACUUCUGACUCUUCCCCAGGAAGGGAAGAGGAGUCAGAGGAGAGGGUGAGUCCUCUAGACUCUUCCUCCAAGGACAAAAGGCUCCUGCCCCCACAGUGGCCUCGCACUCCUGGCACCACCAAAGGACACUUAUCCACAAGAGCGCAGCAUCCAACCAGGUUGUCACUGAGAUGUUUAUUUUGGUCAGUUGGCUAUUUAUGCAUUAUUCUUAGUCCAAUGCAAUAUGGCUUCUGGACUCAGUGUCAGGAGCUGCUUCCCCAUCAGCUGGGUGUCAUCUGGUCCUGGUAAGAGGAGUGUGGGGCCCACCAGGCCCUCCUGUCACCUAUGACAGUUCAUUCAGGGCCAAUUGGGCAGUCAUGGUUGGAAACAGCAUUUCAAGUGUCACUUACUUUCAUUCGGGCCCCACCUACAGCUCCCUCACUCCCCAGCUUCUUUCCCUUCAAGUUUGUUCCAGAGCUGCCAGAGGGGCCUGAGGCUCCUUAGGGUUUUCUCUCUGUUUCCCCCUUUCUUCCUCGUUCCCUCUUCUUUCCCUUUCAGCAGACUGCCUUGGUGGUCUAACACCCUGGCAGGCAGGGGCCCUGCAGCUCCCACGCUGCCCCUGCCUUGGGGUCAGGUUGACAGGCGGUUGGAGGGAAAGCCUUAAGCUGCAGGAUUCUCACCAGCUGUGUCCGGCCCAGUUUUGGGGUGUGACCUCAAUUUUGUCUGUACUUGAACACUAUGAAGAUGGGGGCCUCUUUUGAUGAAUUUGUGAAAAUAGAAGAAUUGACCGACAGCUUUCCAGUACCCAUGGGGCUAGGUCAUUAAUGUCAGACCCACAGUCUCCCCCACUCUUGUUCCAGUUGUUAGUUACUACCUCCUCUCCUGACAAUACUGUAUGUCCUCGAGCUCCCCCAGGUCUACCCCUCCCAGCCCUGCCUGGUGGCGGGCUUGUCAUAGCCGGUGGGAUCGCCAGCCUUGACAGCUCAGUGAGCUGGAGAUACUUGGUCACGGCACUAGCACAGCUCCCUUCUGCUGAUGAUGUAUUCCCGUAUCAAAAGGCACAGGGGACACCCAGAAAUGCCACAUCCCCCAGUCCAUCAAUACCAAACUAGCCAAGGGCCCCAGCCUCUCAGCUCACUGGAUGGCAGAAGCUGCGACUCGUGAGAGCCGAUGCAGGUGCAGACAAUCGUCUGUUGGGUGGCAUUAUUCGAGGCCUGAGGCAUGAACAGUGCGCCUGGGACAGGGAGCAGCCCCUAAUUGUCACAUGCUUCUCUGUCCAGCUUUUCAUUGCUGUGACAGUGAUGGCAAAAGAGUAAUAACCAGACACAAACUGCCAAGUUUGGUGGAGAAAGGAGUUUCUUUAGCUGACAGUACCUCUGAAUGUUGAAUCACUAAGCAGCUCAAGCCCAGGAGGGAGCAAAAGGAUAUCAGCGGAGUCCCCUGGGUGGGACCAUCUGGAUUUCGUUUAGCCCAAGUGGAGCCUGACAGCCAGAACUCUGUAACCCCUCUAACCACAGCUCCUUUUCCAGAGCAUUCCAGUCAGUUACUCUGGGCUGACUGGGCCAGGGAGGUCACAGGUACCAGUUCUUUGAGAAGACUGUUGGGAUCCAUUUUUAGCCUGUCAUUGCCCCAAAUGGAUUCCUGUUUCAAGUUCACACCUGCAGAUUCUAGGACCCAUGUCCUAGACUUCAGGGAGUGAGCUGUUUCUAGAGCCCCUGCCCUGGAGGGGUUCUGGAGGACCUGCCCAGUGGGGGACAGAGCCCUGCUCCCUCCAUGUCUUCCUGCUCUUCUCUCUGCUCUGCUCUGAAGGGAUUUAUUUGUUCUCUGCAUUUUGGUGUCUUUCUCUUUUAGAUAUUCUAUCAGUCUUCAGAAAAGGCAUGGUCUACUUGUUACAAAUCGCUAGGAUACUGCCUCCUCCAGGGUCUAUAAUUACAUAUUAGAGGGGAAAAGCUGAACACUGAAGUCAGUUCUCAACAAUUUAGAAGGAAAACCUAGAAAACAUUUGGCAGAAAGUUACAUUUCAAUUUUUUUCAAUGAAUUAAGAACAAGCUUUUACAAAAAUGCUGAUCUAAAAAUACUUAGCACUUGACCUGAGAUGUCUGGUGAGCAUUACAGACAAGGGGGAUCUGAGGAGGUGGAAACGGGGCUCCCUGAGACUCUGGACCAUUUUGUCAUUGAGUAGCAGACAUGAGGACAUGAAAGGUGGAGCGUUCACUGGUGACCCCGAAGGCCCAGCACCACCCUACUUCUGCUCUUUUCAUCUUGACAGAGCCUGCCCCGGCGCUGAUGUGUUAGGAAAACACCCAGGGAACUAGGAAGGCACUUCUGCCUGAGGGGCAGCUUGCCCUGCCCACUCCUGCUCUGCUCCCCUCAGAUCGCAGGCCUUGGCAAAGUGGCUGCAUGGUGGGCGCCCUGGUGCUCCCUUCUGAGCUGGCCUCUCACUGCCUCCCCAAGGCCCCCUGCCCGCCCUGUCAGGAGGCAGAGGGAGGCACAUGUGAGGGCAGUGCAAGGAGGAAGCACCGCCCCCCUCACUCUCCAGGCCAUGACCUUGCACAGGCAGAGCCCAGACCCUGGAGGAAAUCCUACUUUUGAAUUCAAGAACAUUUGGGGAACUUGGAAAUCUCUUUGUCCCCAACCCCCCAUUCUGUCCUACCUUUGAUCAGGUCCUGCUCAGCAGUGAGAGCAGAUGAGGUGAAAAGGCCAAGAGGUUUGGCUCCUGCCCACUGAUAGCCCCUCCCUGCAGCGUUUGUGUGUCAAGUGGCAAAGCUGUUCUUCCUGGUGACCCUGAUUAUAUCCAGUAACGUAUAGACUGUGCGCAUAGGCCUGCUUUGUCUCUUCUAUCCUGGGCUUUUGUUUUGCUUUUUAGUUUUGCUUUUAGUUUUUCUGUCCCUUUUAUUUAUGCACCGACUAGACACACAAAGCAGUGGAAUUUUUAUAUAUAUAUCUGUAUAUUGCACAAUUAUCAACUCAUUUUGCUUGUGGCUCCACACACAAAAAAAGACCUGUUAAAAUUAUACCUGUUGCUUAAUUACAAUAUUCUGAUAACCAUAGCAUAGGACAAGGGAAAAUAAAAAAAAAAAGAAAAAAAUGACAAAUCUGUCUGCUGGUCACUUCUUCUGUCCAAGCAGAUUCGUGGUCUUUCCUCGCUUCUUUCAAGGGCUUCCCUGUGCCAGGCGAAGGAGGCUCCAGGCAACACCCAGGUUUUGCACUCUGUUUCUCCCAUGCUUGUGAAAGAGGUCCCAAGGUUCUGGGUGCAGGAGCACUCCCUUGGCCUGCUGAAGUCUGGAACGUAGUCGGCACAGCCUGGUCCCCUUCCACCUGUGGGAGCUGGAGUCCACUGGGGUGGCCUGACUUCCCAGUCCCAUUCCAGUGACCUGGUGAGGGUGAGCCCGUGUGGAGAGUCCGCCUCACAGGCUUUCCCCGCCAUUAGGGCCCGGUGUGUUUCACCCUUCCCACUCUGUCGACCCUGGGGCCUGGAGCAGAGACGGGAGGCCUGGCCUGUCUCUGAACCUGUGAGCUGCACCAGGUAGAACGCCAGCGACCCCAGAAUCACAUGCGUGAGUCCAGUGGGUCCCUUCCAGGAAGUAGUGAAGACUCCAGAAAUAUCCCUUUCUUCUCCCCCAUCCUACGAGUAAUUGCAUUUGCUUUUGUAAUUCUUAAUGAGCAAUAUCUGCUAGAGAGUUUAGCUGUAACAGUUCUUUUUGAUCAUCUUUUUUUAAGUAAUUUGAAACACCAAAAAAAUCAGAAACUUGUUCUUCCAAAGCAGAGAGCAUUAUAAUCACCAGGGCCAAAAGCUUCCCUCCCUGCUGUCAUUGCUUCUUCUGAGGCCUGAAUCCAAAAGAAAAACAGCAGUAGGCUCUUUCAGUGGCCGGGCUACCCACUGGGCCCCUCGGAGGACUAGGGCUGUGGCAGCCUCUGGGCCCACAUCCAGGGCCUGCUCCGGCGUGUGCUCAGUGUUAGCAGUGGGUCACGAUGCUCUUUCCCACCCAGCCUGGGAUGGGGCAGAGGAGGCCGUUGCCGCUGAUGUUUGGCCAUGAACAGGUGGGUGUCUGCAUGCGUCCACGAGCGUGCUUUCUGACUGACAUGAAAUCGACGCCUGAGUUAGCCUCACCUGGUGACCUCUAGCCCUGCCCGGAUGGAGCAGGGCCCACCCGGUUCAGUGUUUCUGGGGAGCUGGACAGUGGAGUGCAAAAGGCUUGCAGAACUUGAAGCCUGCUCCUUCCCUUGCUACCACGGCCUCCUUUCCGUUUGAUUUAUCACUGCUUCAAUCAAUAACAGCCGCUCCAGAGUCAGUAGUCGAUGAAUAUAUGACCAAAUAUCACCAGGACUGUUAGUCAAUGUGUGCCGAGCCCUUGCUGUGCUGGGCUCCCGUGUAUCUGGACACUAACGUGUGCUGUGUUUGCUCUCCUUCCCCUUCCUUCUUUGCCCUUUCCUUGUCUUUCUGGGGUUUUUCUGUUUGGGUUUGGUUUGGUUUUUAUUUCUCCUUUUGUGUUCCAAACAUGAGGUUCUCUCUACUGGUCCUCUUAACUGUGGUGUUGAGGCUUAUAUUUGUGUAAUUUUGGGUGGGUGAAAGGAACUUUGCUAAGUAAAUCUCUUCUGUGUUUGAACUGAAGUCUGUAUUGUAACUAUGUUUAAAGUAAUUGUUCCAGAGACAAAUACUUCUAGACACUUUUCCUUUACAAGCAAAAGCAUUCUGAGGGAGGGGGUGGUGGCUGAAAUGAGAGCAGAGAGCCCAGCUCAGCGAGAACCCACCCAAAGCAGUGGAGCCCGGGAGUCCCAUGCCAAGCCAGCAAACUGAAUAGCUGAUGUGUUGCCACUUUCCAAGUCACAGCAAAACCAGGUUUUGUUCCACCUAGUGGAUUCUUUUUUGCUUCCCCUCCCCCCACGAUUAUUACCACCAUCCCGUACUUUUAAGGAAAGAUAAGAUUGAUGUUUCCUUGAUGGGAGCCAGGAGGGGAUGUGUGCGGGGAGAAUGGGGCUGGGCCUGCCCGAGCAGGAGGCUGUUGUUGGCAGACGUGUUUGGCCACUCCCCCCGAUGCAGCUCUCCCCGGACAGGCCAGGUGGUGGCCAUUCUCUCUCCAAAGUGUGCCCCAUGGGCAUUACUGUUUAAAACACUUCUGUCACACCCCACCCCAUCCUCCAGGACACAACACUGUGACAUCUCUAUCCCCCCCUUCCCCUCCUGGGGCAAUAAAAUGGCCAUGGAGGGGCUUGCUCUCUUGGCUGCCAUCGAUUUGGACAGCAAAAUUUGGAUGUGAGAAACCCCUUCCCAUUCCAUGGCAAAAACAUCUCCUGAGAGAAGCCAUCACCCUCAUUAGACAUGGUUUGCGGCUCCGGAAAAACCUGACCAGCCCCUCCCUCCCUCUGAGAGGUGGAGACAGUGCUGACUGUAGUGACCAUUGCGUGCUGGGUUCGGCAUCUGAAAGAGCCAGGCAGGGUGUCUGCCCCUCCUAAGUUGAAGUCAUGCUCCCCUGUGCCAGUCUGGAGGCCGAGAGCUGUGGACAGCAUUGCCAGUGACACAGGCCACCUUGUGCAGAAGGGAGCUGGCUCCAGCCGGGAAACCUGUCUGAGGCACGGGGAGAAGCCAGGAUAGACUUAGCUGGAGAUGUCUCUAAAAGCCCUGUAUCUAUCCACCUUCAGUUUUUGUGUUUUGGGACAAUUACUUUAGAAAAUAAGUAGGUCGUUUUAAAAACAAAAAUUAUUGAUUGCUUUUUUGUAGUGUUCAGAAAAAAAGGUUCUUUGUGUAUAGCCAAAUGACUGAAAGCACUGAUAUAUUUAAAAACAAAAGGCAAUUUAUUAAGGAAAUUUGUACCAUUUCAGUAAACCUGUCUGAAUGUACCUGUAUACGUUUCAAAAACACCCCCCACUGAAUCCCUGUAACCUAUUUAUUAUAUAAAGAGUUUGCCUUAUAAAUUUACAUAAAAAUGUCCGUUUGUGUCUUUUGUUGUAAAAUCAAGUGAUUUUUCAUAAGGUUCUUUUACUAUUGGAAAAGAUGGGCAGCACGCAGUUUUAUUUUAUUUUUGUAAGAUUUUUAAUACAUGUGAAAGCAAAGAAUACUCAGCAUGCCUUUCUAAGUGACGCGUUUGCACCUUUUGUUGGGAAGUACUGUAUCCUGUGCUGUUAGCAUUCUCGAUAAAUCUCUCUGUGAAAGUGA